AGAAAGGAGAAUUGGCAAUAAAGCAGGUCAUCAUCAGUCAGAAGAAAGGGAACAGAGACUGAUAAACACCAGAAACUGAGAGUUUAAACAGGUUAAAAAUAUCAGCUGGAAACACUGUAAUGCCAACAUGACAGGUUGUUUCGAUUAAAGACAGUUUUUUGAAUGCAGGCGUUAAAUAGGACAUUGCAGUGUGACAAAAGUGCUGUUUACUCUGGACACAUACUGGCUUGAUCAUGGAACUGGUUUUGGCUUUUGCAUUGCUGUGUGUGCUUUCUGUAUCGGGACAAGCAACUCUACCUGAUGUUAACGAUGUUAGGAUAACUCAUCGAACAGAGACUGAAUUAACAUUUCAGUGGGAUAAAGCUGGCGGCAGUAACAGUUACAGUUAUAUACUGCGUAGAGAUGGGAUUGACAGCGACAUAAUCACUGCUGGCACUGUCAAUCAAGUAACUUAUAAAGUCUCAGAUCUGUCUUCUGGGACUAACUACAACUGGACACUCUUCACUGUGUUUGGAGACCAAAGGAGUGAGGGCAAAAAUUUCUCUGCGGCAACUGUUCCUCCUAAUGUUGAAAGUGUUUCAGUCAUUGAUCAGAGUGAGACUACGAUAACAUUACAGUGGAAAAAAGACAAAGCUGAAUAUUCUUAUAAUCUGACAUAUGGGGAUAAAGUGGAUACUCCUCCAUCUCCUCAAUCUACAGUGGAAUAUACUGUCACAUCUCUGUCUCCUGGGACUAAUUAUUCAUUUACACUCUACACUGUGUUUGAAGGUCUGAAGAGCAGUGGAUUCAGCUUCUUUGCUGUUACUGUUCCUCCUAAUGUUGAAAGUGUUUCAGUCAUUGAUCAGAGUGAGACUACGAUAACAUUACAGUGGAAAAAAGACAAAGCUGAAUAUUCUUAUAAUCUGACAUAUGAGGAUAAAGUGCAAACUCCUUCAUCUCCUCAAUCUCCAGUGGAAUAUACUGUCACAUCUCUGUCUCCUGGGACUAAAUAUACAUUUACACUCUACACUGUGUUUGAAGGUCUGAAGAGCAGUGGAUUCAGCUUCUCUGCUGUUACUGUUCCUUCUAAAAUUACAGGAUUUUCGGUCAUUGGUCGAAGUGAGACUGCUCUAACAUUUCAAUGGACAAAAGAAAAAGACGAAUACACUUAUGAGCUGGACAAAAGUGAUGCUAAUACUCAAAUAUCAUUUACUGAUACUACAGUGGUGUGUCUCAUCACAUCUUUGUCUCCUGGGACUGAAUACUCAUAUAACCUCUAUGCUGUGUUUGAAGGAGUUAAAAGCCAAGCAAAAGGAAUCUCUGAAGUAACUGUGCCAUCUAAUGUUGAAAAUGUGUCUGUGGUGGAGGCCAAUGACACUGAUGUGAUCUUACAGUGGAAUGCUGUGCCUAAUGAACAAAACAAAUACAACUAUAUUCUUAAAUACAAUGAUGUUGAGGAAUCUGUUGAUUUUACAACAGAGAAUGAGAUUAAGCAUCAUGUAUCAGGCUUGAUUCCUGCAACAAAUUACAACUUCACGUUGCACACAGAGUUUUAUUCUCAGAACAGCACUGGAUACAACUUCAAUCAUACCACAUUUUUAUCUAGUGUAACUGAGGUCAGAGUCAAUCGAUCACUCACAGAGUUGACUGUCGAAUGGAAUAAAUUGAAUCAAAACAACGUCUACAACUACACUUUACUCAGAAGUGAUGGGGCAGAGAUAGACUUCACUGGAUCUGCUGUUGUGGGGGAUGUGAUUAAACAUAAAUACUCAUCACUCAAACCAGGCACUGUAUACAGUUUUACUCUCUUCACUGUGUCAAAUAAUGUCAGAAGUUCUGAACACAGCUUCAAGAGCAUCACCGCUCUGGAUUGUGCAUCCUUUAACUGGAAAGUCACCAACACAUCAAUAGUUGCUGAUGUGUACGGUUGCACAUAUGUCACGGCUCAAAACAGCAGCGGGAGUGGUAAAAACGCUUCUAUAGAGGGAGACAAGGUGAAUCUGCGAGACCUGUAUCCUGGAGAAAGCUACACUGUUUCACUGUUUUAUAACUUGGAGUCGAAGAUGCUCACACAGUGCUCACAACGCCUGACAUUAGUUCCAUAUGUUGUAUCUAAUCUUAAGUGCGAAUAUCAUUCUGGAGGAUAUGGUCUGGCUGUCAUGUGGGAUUAUCCAGAUGGAGUUGUGGAUGUGGUGGAGGUGGAUGUUAACAAAAAAAGCUUCAACCAUUCGCAUGGUUCAGAUGAGCCAACUCAGCAGCUGGUAACAGGCCUGCAAGCUGCUCAGUGGUACAAAGUCAAAGCAACAUCAUUUUCUGGAGCCAGGAGGAGUGAAACUAUAUUGAUCAACUGCCAGACUGAUCCAGCAGGUGUUAUAGCUGGUGUGCUGGUGUUUUUCUUGUUGGUCAUCAUUAUUUGUGCUGGAGUCUUUGUAUGGUUCCGCUAUAAAUCUGCACGUAAUAAUGGACCAGAUGCAUCUGCUGAUUUAAAAGUGUCUAAAAAGAACUACAAAACAAUCGCCUGCGAUAAAUUUCCUGAACAUUUCCGAAACAUGAGUCGUGAUGAUAACAGAGCUUUCAGUGCUGAAUAUGAUGACUUGAGUUCAGUGGGUGUAGAACAGUCAAAGGUUGCGGCUCUUCUCCCUGAAAACAAGGAUAAAAAUCGAUUCUCCAAUGUUUUACCAUAUGACACCUCUAGAGUGCAUCUUACCAUAAAUAAAGCGGGUGAUUCUGAUUACAUCAAUGCUAACUACAUGCCUGGAUAUGGAAAUGCAAGCAGAGAGUACAUAGCUGCUCAAGGUCCACUGCCAUCCACUGUCAAUGACUUCUGGAGAAUGAUCUGGGAGAAAAAGUCAUCGACUAUUGUCAUGGUUACCAACUGUACUGAGGGUGGAAGGGUCAAGUGUGAACAGUACUGGCCACUGGACUACACACCGUGUCUUUAUGAAAACCUGCUUGUCACAGUGAAAUCAGAGAACAAAUCCCAAAGUUGGACUUUGCGAGAAUUUAAUGUCAAAAAUAAAAUGACCUCUGAGACGCGAACAGUGCGUCACUUCCACUUCACAGCAUGGCCGGAUCAUGGUGUUCCCCGGGGCACAGAAGAGCUGAUCCAAUUCAGAGACCUUAUCCGUCAGCACAUAGAGAGCCACUUCUCUACAGGACCAACAGUAGUGCACUGCAGUGCUGGAGUGGGCCGGACAGGGACGCUGAUCGCGCUGGACGUCCUGCUGCAGCAGCUGAACAGAGAGAAGGCAGUGGGUGUAGCAGCAUUCGUCCAGGAAAUGAGACUCAACCGGCCACUUAUGGUGCAAACGGAGUCUCAGUAUGUGUUCCUGCACCAGUGCAUCCUGGACUCUUUGCAAACCAAGUUUGUGCAGCAGUCCGAACCCAUUUAUCAAAACACUGACACGAUCUAUGUCAACGCAAUGGCUUUAAAAGAUUUUGAAAAUUCAAGCCACACAUGAAUUAUGCACUUUUUUUUUUCUUUGUUUAGCAAAGCCAUGCAUGAAUAAUGUCUGUUGGUAUAAUGCAGAAAGAAAUACCAAGUUCAGAUAAUCUUCAAGCCAAAUUUCAAUAUUUUCAGCAAGUCUUUUAACACCUAGAAUGAAAUAUCUCCCACUUUCUUGUCAAGUGGUCUCAUUCCAUAAACACUGAAUGAAUAGACGAUCCAGACAUUCCUUUUUCUUAAAUGCUGAUUACUAAUGAAAGACAUAGCAUUUUAACCCUGAGCUAUUAAAUAAUAUGAGUUUACCAUUUGAACUGAACUGCCAGUCUUUAUUAAUAUAUCUAUGUAUAUGGCCUUGUUUCUUGAUAUAUUUUUUAGCUUGAUAAUGUUUAUGGAUUAUUUCAUUGAGCUGUACUUAAUGCUGCUUAUUUUGCACAAAGCUUUUUAACAAUGAGAACAUUUAGUUAGGAUUUAAACAAGAGUCUAUUUAAAAUCAACUUAACUGUGAAUCUAUAUGAAAAGAGCUGUAUAUUGAUUCUUUUAAACAUUGUGUAUUAUUUUGUAUUACUAAUCAGAUUUUAGGAUUAAAUUAUGGUCAUAUCAUAUUGGUCAACCACUGUGACCAAGUUAAACCAUACCAAAAAUGUCAACCGUAAAGCAUACGAUGCUUAAAGUGCUGGCUAUUACUAUUGUGAAUGACUCAUGAUAUAUUACUGUAGUGAAUUAUGUUGAAUAGUGUACUGUUAAUGCUAAGAACUGUAUGAGGAACCUGAAACCACUGCAAAAUGUACACGGGAAUUCACAAAAUUGUCCUCACAAAUACUAAUAGCAUUAAUUUAUAUUGAAAUGACUACAUUUUGUGUGCUAAUGACAAUGUGUGGACAAAAAAAAAAGGUUAAAGCCAAACGUUUAAGUACAUUUUUACUUUUACAGGGUUUCUGCAGGUUUCACAGUGUCAAAUUUAAGACUUUUAAGACCAUUAAAAAUUCAAUUUUAGACUGAUAUAGGACUAAACACUGAGAAUUUUUUGAAUGGCCAAGCAAAAAAAACAAAAACAAAAAAAAGAAGUACUUGCCCCAUCACAAAAAUUAUUCUAAUUAGUUAUUUCUUAGCCACAUAUUUUAAAUAAUGUGUCAAAACAAGCAGACCCUAGUUUUAUACAUACAAUUGUUUUAAGAUAACAAGUGUGUAUGGGUGUUUCCCAGAACUGGGUUGCAGAUGAAAGGGCAUCCGCUGCAUAAAACAUAUGCUGGAUAAGUUGGCGGUUUAUUCCGCUAUGACGACCCCUGAUUAUUAAUAAUUGACUUAAGCUGACAAGAAAAGAAAUGAAUGAAUGAAUGCACGACAGACUGUUAAAAUAUAAGUUAUGAAUGGAGUUUUGGAGAGAUGUUGGUGAUUGGACAGCUUUCCAUAAACAAAGGAACAUUAAGACCAAUUUGAAAUAAUUUAAUAUCUACAAGACAUUUCAGUGAAUUUAAGACUUUUUAAAGUUUAAAAUUUAUCAUAUGAAAUUUAAGACACUUUAAGACCCUGCAGAUACGCUGUUUCUGGAAAAAAAGUUUUUUGUUGAACAACUCAGGAAAUUUAUGCAGCUUGAUCCUGUUGUAAAAUAGGAUCAAAGUUUGUUGUCAUAUUUUUAUUUGUUCGCUGUCAUAUUCUUAUUUGCUUGUAUUAAAACGUCUAGAAUUUGUGUGAAAA